UCCGCUUUCCUCCCUGACGUCAGCGCACGUCAUGGGGUUCAGGUGCCAGCGUGCGCGCGCGCAUCGCGAGUUGCAGUCAGUGCAUUAUGGCCGCGCGCGCCGCUCUCGCGCUUGCCGCGCUCGCUGUGUUCGCGACUGCGCAGCCAACAUACGUAUACGUCCGAGAAGACCCGAACGUCAACGACGUUGACGACGUCGACGUCGACGUUGACGUCGAGCAACGUCAAACCACGCAGCUUCGUGACGAACUUCGUUCCGCCAGGGAAGAUGCUCUACUUCUCUACACGGAAUAUUCAGCGAAGGUUGGAAAAGAUAUGAAGACUUUUAUUAAGGAGAUGGUGGAUUUAAAAGAAGAGACGAAGAAAGGGGUAGAAGAGACGCUGAGGAACGCUGUAAGUGUUUUUGAGUGUUCACUGUUUCUCGUAAAUAUUUGCGCUUGAUAUAACGGACUAUACUAGAUACAUAAAUAGCUAACAUAAUAAUAGCAUAGGUAGCUUUAAAUUUUGUGGAAGUACGACACAGCAAAGUCACA